CAGAGUGAUGUCGUGCCCCGUAUUGCUAUUAGUUACUAAAUUGGACAUGGUGCUCUUUUUGCAGGUUGAUCAUCAUGAUGUUGAGAAUGUAUCCCUACUCUGCUGCUCCAUAUAUCAUGCCCAGGGUCCAUCUGCUUUAGCUGUCCAUCCAUCUGGCGUUGAGAAAACUCUACAUGAACGCAUACAUGAAUUGAAAGGGUGGUAUGGAGACAAGCAAGGAAAAAUGUUUUGGGUUUGGGUGGAUCCUGUAUUAUCUACACAAUGGUUCAAGCCCAUGGCUGGUGAAUUUCGGUAAGUGGGAGCCGUGUGGUGAGAUUUCUUUAUAUGUUCUUCUAUAUCUGCUCAAUCUUUGCAUCUUUUCAAUUUAAACUAAAUGUCAUAUCUGUUAAUCUGUGCUAAUUUAUUUACUUUUCUUGCAUUCAUCUCUGUGGAUUUGGCAAUAAAUGUCUCUCCAACUU